CCUUAUUACAAACUGUAGAUUACGAGAAAAUAACUGUCUCUCUGCAUGUGUGAAUACUAGGAUUUUUUUCUCUACAGGAGGGCAGUCAGUUUGCAUCAUGCGUGCGUUUUUUCAGAGCCAUGCAGCCAGGGUUAGAGUUCAGUAAAUACUGAUGAUGUCAUCGUCUGAAGAUGGCUGAAGGAGAAGGCUGGUGGGGAGGCUGGCUUCAGCAGAGCUUCCAGGCCGUCAAGGAUAAGUCAUCUGAGGCCUUAGAAUUCAUAAAGCGAGACCUGACAGAGUUCUCCACUGUGGUGCAACAUGACACAACCUGCUCAAUUGUGGCCACAGCCACUGCUGUCAGAAACAAGCUUGCGGUGGAAGGUUCCUCUGAGACCACAGAAAAGGUGAAGAAGAGCCUGUCUAGUUUCUUAGGUGUGAUAACAGACACGCUUGCUCCACCUCCUGAUAAAACCAUCGACUGUGAUGUAAUCACAUUGGUGGCGACGCCAGCAGGAACCACAGAGGUGUACGACAGUUCUAAGGCACGUCUCUACAGUUUGCAAGCUGACCCUGCGACAUACUGCAAUGAGCCUGAUGGUCCCCCAGAGCAGUUUGACAACUGGCUGUCCAGCUUCAGUUUGGAAGACAAAAAAGGAGAAAUCUCAGAGCUUUUGGUCAACAGUCCCUCUAUACGAGCCCUUUACACCAAAAUGGUGCCAGCAGCUGUAGCUCAUUCAGAAUUCUGGCAGAGGUAUUUCUACAGAGUCUUCCAGUUGGAUCAGGAGGAGGCGAGGAGAGUGGCAUUGAAGCAGAGGGCAGAACAGACUACGCACACAGAGACCCUGGGCUGGGAGGAAGAAGAGGAGGAUGACUUCCUUGGUGCCACGUCAUCAUCUCAACUCAACUUUACAAGCCCGUUGGACAGCAGCUCAACUCAACUGCCCACGACCUCGACAGCUGGCACAGGAACGACUCUGCUGAGCCCCGUCCUGUCUCCCAGUGAGGAGCGCGACAACACGCUCUCAGUAAGCAGCGACAGCGUCAGCCUGCCGACACAGGUGGAAGUGCGGCCAGAGCCCGUUGCCACGGAGCUGGCCAAGAAACUGACAGAAGCUAGCUUGGAAGAUGUUUCGGACAAGACACGAGAAGAGCAGAGGCCUGGAAAGAGUGAUUUACCUCACGAGACUGAAGUGGAAGCGGUAACCCAGCCUGAGGUCACUGUUGAUGCGGCGACAGCGCGGGCUCCUGCCCCCACCUCGAAGCAAGAAACAGCAAAGGAGGAGGGGCCGCAGGACCUGAGAGUGUUUGAACUGAACUCCGACAGCGGGAAGUCUACGCCCUCUAACAAUGGCAAGAAAGGGUCCAGCACCGAUGUGAGUGAGGACUGGGAGAAAGACUUCGACCUGGACAUGACUGAAGAGGAAGUCCAAAUGGCACUCUCUAAAAUAGAAGCUUCUGGAGAGUUGGACGAAGACUGGGAGAACUGGGACUGAGAGCCACUUCAACACGAACUCUGUCCCGCCAUUAAAGCUAGUUCUCGGCAGACGAACCAUGCUUAAUGUGUUUUAACUCUUUGUCCACACUGUCACCAUGUCAUGAUUGUCAGUAGGGGAUUUUCCAACGGGUUUGGACCAUAUUGGUAAACUCGUUGAAAAAGAGCAACGGGAAGACCAAGGCAAUAAGAAUCACACUGCUCCGUCAGCUGUCAGGUUAGCGCAGAUAGACCGCUAGCGAGGGUAAUGACUCAGGUCUUGGCUAUUUCUUGGAGUAACUUCUGACUUAGAGAGCAUACGACACCAGUCGCUACCUUUUAAAUUCACUAGGACACGCAGUGACAAGAAUGUGAAUGGUAUCACUGCAGCAGGGGAGGAGCAGUUUCCCCCUUUUUCUUUUUGCCAUUAAAUCCAUCACGUAUGUCGUGAGUGCGUUGCAAGUCGGGCAAUGACUUUAACUGCAGGCUGCAAAAUAGCCAUAAACUAUAAUGCUGCUUGUCACAUUUCUAAGAUGAAAUACUUCUGCAAGAGAAUGAUGAUGAUCGAUAGAUUUAAUUCUACCUGUGCCCCUUUCUUUCUCAUCUUUAUUAUGCAAGUGAAUCUUCAAAAUGAAAACAAAAAAAAAAAACAAAACAAAAUGUUGGCCUUCAUUCAUGGAGCACUUUUCAUUUUGGAUUCACUCCCAACUCUAGAUAUAUGGCCUUGUAAAACACACAGUAGUGUGAUAAUGCUAUCCAAAUGAUUUUGUUACGAGUCUGAAACACAACCAGCUAAUGUGUCAUUGUUAGUUGUCAUAUAUCAUGUGAUUGAUUUAAACAAAUGAGCUCGUUGCAGGCUACAUUUAACUCUGUCACUUUUAAAUGUUUCACCUCUCUGAGUUCGUCUUUGGGUAGAGGGAAUUCAUUAGUUAUGACUCUUUCAGAAAGAGGUUAUGAUAGUUCAAACGGGUCCCGGUUUCAUGAUACAGGAUUCUUUGGCUUAAAAUCAAGGCUAGCAUCUCUCGUGUUUACUUGUAUAGGACAAUAUGUCAAAUCAGUCAAGUUUAAAGUUUCUCCACCGGCCCAUGUUUGGAACAAAAUGGCUCAGCAGGCAGCGUGCCAAGUCGACCACGGAGCAACAUGAGUGCGCUCAAUGCUUGUCUCAAUUUCCUUUUUUUCCAUCAUCUGUAAUGUAACCGAAAAAAAUAAUCCUAGAUAUGUAAUAUUUAUACUAAAAUAAAUGCUUAAUUAUUGUAUAAUGUGCUUUGGAUUGCAUGUCUGUGCAAUAACAUGCAAAACAUUGUGCAGAUGGUUACUGUUGAGUUGUUUUUUUUUUUUUGGUAAAGACAUUGGCUGUUCUUCAGGUUUUUGUGUUCGGACAAGGUGUUGCAUGUCUAUAAUUCUCGGCUGUGUAUUCCCUUCAGAUUCACACUUUGAACUAAUCAAAGCUGUUCUACACACAUCUGUUUUCAAAGCUGUCAAGUUCCUUUUUUUUCAAGUACUUCACUAUAUUUUUCAAAUGAUCAUUGUCAUUAAAGGAUUCAUGGCUAAUG